AUGUUAUCGGAUAUAGAGCGUGCGUUUUUGCAAAUAUCUCUAAACGAGUUUGAUAGAGAUGUGGUUAGAUUCCUUUUUGUUAAACAUGAUCCUAACAAGAAUGACAAUGUAGAAGUAGUAGUUUAUCGUUUUUUACGUCUGACAUUCGGAAUAAAUGUGAGCCCUUUUUUGCUGUCUGCAACCAUUAAAGAACACAUCAAAAAGUAUGAAGAAGCCUAUCCCGUUACUACUGAAGUACUCAAUACCUGUUUUUACGUUGAUGACCUUGUUACUGGUGCAGACAAUAUAAAGGAUGCUUUAAAAAUUUCUAUCGAAGCAAAUAACAUAAUGAAAAAAGCUAGUAUGAAUCUCCGCAAAUGGAUUUCGAAUGAAGUGUUGAUGAAAAUGUGGGAAGAACGAGAAUUUAAUAUUUUACCGAGUAAUUUCUCAAAUAACUGUAACGAACCAAGUAAGGUUCUCGGACUGCCGUGGGACAUUAAGGAAGAUACUUUCGCUAUAGAAGUAAAGGAUUUGCUUGAAUUUAUCAAGACCGGAAAGAAUACAAAACGAUUUGUGCUGCAAGUGGCAGGUAGAAUAUUCGAUCCUCUAGGAUUUGUGACACCAUACACCAUCAGAAUUAAGUGCCUGUUUCAAGAAUUAUGGAUUCGAAAAAUUUCCUGGGACGCUGAGCUGCCAGAUGACAUUUUAAAAAUCUGGAAUCGCUGGUGCUUUGAACUUCCUACAUUGUUAAAACUCCAAAUUCCCAGAAACGUCCUUGAUUGUGCAGAACUUUCAAGUUGUGACAUAGAAUUGCAUACCUUUUCGGACGCCAGUCCUAAAGCUUACGGUGCCGUCGUGUUUGUACUGAUAAGAUCUGAUGACAAAGUUAUUGUGAACUUUCUUACAUCUAAAAGCCGUGUGGCUCCGUUAAAAAAUAUUACUCUUCCAAGAAUGGAGUUGCUAGGAGCUUUACUUGCUGCUAGAUUAGCAAAUGAAGUUGCAAAUGCGUUGAAGCGGAAAAUAUCCCCUCCUAUGUACUUUUGGACAGAUUCUCAAAUAGCACUAUACUGGAUUAGAGGUUCAGCUUUGAAGUGGAAAACCUUCGUCUGCAACCGUGUGAAGGAAAUUCAGGAACUUACAGACCCCGAUAAAUGGUUCUUUUGCGUAAGUCGUGACAACCCAUCUGAUGCUUUGACGAGAGGUAUCAGUAUCGAUCAGCUGUUAGAAAACACAGCUUGGUGGUAUGGCCCUACAUUUCUGAAAUCCGUGAACAUUUAUUCUACUGAUCAUCUUUCAGUGGUUCCCGAAGAGGGAGCAAUCGAUAAAGAACUAAAACCGAACUUAAAAACGGAACCAAAUGAACAUUUAAUGAACUUGAUUGCGAGAAAUGAAAAUUCUGUUUUUGAUUGCAUAUUUAAUAAGUCAAAUAAUUAUAUGAAACUUAUUCGUAUUGUAAGUUUUCUUUAUAGGUUUAUUUAUAAUUGUAAAAAUCCAAAGUCCAAGAAAAUAGGUCCUUUGUCUAUUGAUGAAUCUGCUAAUGCAGAAAAUUGGUUAAUACGUUCUCUCCAGGAAGGUGAGUUUUCUGAUGAGUUUAAAAGGUUAACAAAUGGUAAACAAGUUCGCAGCAGAAGUAAACUUUCCUCUUUAAAUGUGUUUUUGGAUAAAAAUAAAGUAAUGAGAGUAGGGGGGAGACUGUCCCACGCAGAUUUAUCUUAUGCAACCAAACAUCCUAUGGUUUUACCUGCAAAACAUCCUUUAACAAGUAUAAUUUUAAGAAAUGUUCAUCUUAAAUAUCUUCACGUAGGUCCCCAAGCUCUUUUACAUCAAGUUAGACAAAAAUUUUGGCCGCUAAAUGGCAGGAAUAGCUGUAGGAAAAUUGUUCGUAACUGUGUGAUCUGUUUCAAAAACAGACCUGUUACUGUUAGUCAAAUCAUGGCUGAAUUGCCUAAAGACCGGGUAAAUCCUAGUUAUCCCUUUUUUGUCACUGGGAUAGAUUUUUGUGGUCCUUUCUUUAUCAAAUUUAAAAACCAAAGGAAGGGUGUAUUAAAUAAAGUGUAUGUUGUUGUUUAUGUUUGUCUAAGUACUAAAGCAAUACACCUGGACUUUGUAACUGAUAUGACUACACAGGCUUUUAUAGCAAGUUUGAAACGUUUUUUCGGCAGGCGAGGAAAAUGUUCAAAAAUCAUUACUGAUAAUGCUAAAACGUUCGUUGGUGCCAAUGUCGAAAUCAAGCGAUUGCAGAAAAUGGUUAGAAUUCCCGAUGAAAUUUUGUCAAAUUAUUUUCUAACAGAAGGUAUUCAGUGGAAUUUCAUUCCUCCUAGAUCGCCCAAUUUUGGUGGCAUUUGGGAGGCCGGGGUGAAAUCGUUCAAAUUCCAUUUAAAAAGAGUGAUUGGCAGUCAAAAUUUAACUUUAGAAGAAUUUAUUACAAUUUUGUCAGAAAUCGAAGGUGUUUUAAAUUCCCGGCCUCUCAUACCAAUGUCAUCAGAAAUGGACAAUUUUGAAAUAUUAACACCAGGUCACUUUCUUAUUGGCAGACCUAUCACUACCCUUAGUGAACCACAAUUGAUUGAUGUUAAGGAAAACACCCUUUCUAAGUGGCAAAGGAUUACCAAAUUCAGUCAACAAAUUUGGAAGUUAUGGAAAAGGGAUUACUUAACCCAUUUACAACAGAGAAAUAAAUGGAAAUUUAGCAAAAAUGAUGUUAAAACAGGGACUCUUGUUCUCAUUCGAGAAGAAAACUUGCCAUCGACAAAAUGGUGUGUUGGCAGAAUCAUUGAGACGAACAUUGGUCGUGAUAAUCGAGUUCGAGUAGUAAAAUUAUGUUUGCCAAGUGGAAGCACACUAAUAAGAAAUGUUAGAGAUGUUUGCAUUCUUCCAGUUGAAGAAACUGUUUAA